UAGAUACUGAAAUAUCAUUACAAACAAUGGAAUAUUGGACUUUGGAAGAGCAUUGUCCUCUCAUCAAAGUAGUACGAAAUUAUAGUGAUCAUGGGAGCUACAUACAUGUAUCGGUACAAAAUUACGACACAUUAGAAAUUGAUUGCAUUCCUGUAACUUUUACGACCCAGACGUAUACCAAUUUUAACAAUUUUACUCACUACUGGCUAUGCAAAUCAUGGGAUUUAAAUUCAACAAACUCAUUUCUUGAGAAUGGUUGGAUGAUAUUCAAUAUACAACAAAUUGGAUAUUACCGCGUUAACUAUGAUAAUGAGAAUUGGCGAAGAAUUUCAGAUUAUCUAUACAAUGAUGAUUUUACGACAAUUCAUGUUCUUAAUCGUGCCCAAAUUAUCGAUGAUGCAUUUCAUUUAGUGAUAGCAGGUCACCUCAACGCCUCUAUAUUCUGGAGUAUCACAUCGUAUUUGGAUAGAGAAAUAGAUUAUAUCGCAUGGUAUCCUAUGUUUAAAGCUCUGGAAAACAUGUUUAGUACUUUUCCAGUGGACGAAAAAACUAAAAAAUUUGCGGAUAGAAUAGAUAAGCUAAAAUUCAUGUUAAACGAGUUACUUGAAAAAAUCCAAUAUGAAGAAAUUGAUGAUGCAGACGAACUUAGAAUAUGUUUACGACAAGAAGCUGCAAGAUGGGCAUGUUUUUUUGGUCACACCAUUUGUAUAGAAAAAGCAAAAAAUAAAUUAGAACAACAUAUCAAAGAUCCUAUAAAACACAAACUUUUGCCAUGGUGGAAGACAUGGACAUAUUGUAGAGGUUUGAUGAUAACUACGAGAAAUGAGACCACUUUUGGAUUAGUGUAUACCAUAGGAGUAAUGAAAGCUGACUAUAAAUUUUCAGAAUACUUGGCUUGCAUUGGAGAUACUGAUUUCAUCAAAUACUAUUUAAGUUAUAAACAGUACAUUAAUACAAAACAGGAAAAUCGAUUUCUCGUUAACACAUUCUUACAUUUUAUUACGAAGCAUGCAAAGAAUCCAAUUAUACUGACGUAUUUAUUCGAUAAUUUUAACGUAAUAAAACCAAAAAAUGUUAAUAUAAUUGCAGCAUUUAUUAUUAUGAUUAAUAACGUAUAUUCCGAAAAUCUAGUUGAGUUAAUAGAGAAACAAUCUGAAAUUAUUGUAGAAGCUAACGUAAUUAAAGUGAAUACAGAACAUCUAUUUAGAAGACAUCGAAUAAAGGAGAUGAGUGACCGUGUAAUAGAUAAGGAUGAAUUAUAUUCCUAUAUUACAAUCAAGAUUCAAAUUAUUCGCAAAAACAAAUCGAGAAGCAGAGACAAUAUUUUGCAAGAUUUUUCUUCUAAUCGGUGGAUGUAA